UCCACAGUACUUGGCAGUGGUAGCAGCAACAGCAGCAGUAAGCAGCAACUGGCACUUUGAGAAGAAAGGAAGAAAAGCAAUGUUCUGAUGGGUACUAUGGAGUUUAAAAAAGAUUCCAGUCCGGUAGCUCUAGAAAUGCUUCUCAUAGUCCAGCCUGAGAAGAGGAAGACUGUGCAGAGGUUGCAGACAGACAAACAGAUGGAGAGCCAUACUUCACUCCAAAGCCAAGGCUUCCAAGGGGAUGGCAAUGGAAACAACGAACUAGAACAAUACCAAGUAAAUGGCAUUCAUGGCUCUGCAGUUCGGAUGCAGCAAGUCAUUACUUCCUGUUCAGCCCAAGGAACCCAUAUGACUGUAGAGGUACAUGGCAGAAAUUCUACCCCACAGUUAUUCAAGAAACUCUCUUUGGGAAAAGGUUUUCAAGAGAAUGGAAAACGGAGAACCCGUCCACCUGGAUUAAAAGACCAACAUGCUUAUCCAUGGGACAGGUUGUGCCUGAAAUCCAUGCCUUUUGACCUGAAGCAGUUUGAGAAAUUAGAUGCAUAUGCAAAAAAGGUGACUGCCAAGGAUAGUGUGGAAGAGCUAGUGAAAACCUUGCUCCGUGUUGCACAUACUGAUUUGGAAAAAGUUAGGGCCAUCUGGACAUGGAUAUGCCACCAUAUAGCAUAUGAUAUUGUGGGCUUCUUUCACAAAGACAAACUGUCUUUCAAGCCCAAGGAUGUCCUUCAGAGCGGCAAGAGCAUUUGUGAAGGAUACGCCGGGCUUUUUGAACAAAUGUGCAGCAUCGCAGGAGUGCAGUGCAUGAAUUUAUCUGGUUACUCUAAAGGCCAUGGGUACAGAUCUGGACAGACCUUUUCUGGAAAGUAUGACCAUGCCUGGAAUGCUGUUUACCUUGAUGGACGGUGGCAUUUGGUGGAUAGCACAUGGGGGAGUGGCUCCAUUGACGACUGUUUCAGCAAAUUUACCUUCAGAUACAAUGAAUUUUACUUCCUCACACACCCUGCCCUCUUUAUUAAUAAUCAUUUCCCAGACAACAGCAAUUGGCAGCUACUCAAACCAGCGGUGACACUGGAACAGUUUGAGAGCAACAUGUUGUACAAGAGUGACUUCUACAAGAUGGGAUUGCUGGCAGCCCAUCCACCAACAGCAAUUAUUCAAACAGUAAAUGGAAAAGUAGCAAUAGAAGUGGAGAGCCGUUUCCCAAUGCUGUUCAUGUUUGAGUUGAAAGGGGCAAAGGCGUAUAGCUUGAUGAUGCUGAAGAGGAAUGGGAUGAGUCUGGAACUCUAUCCACAGAAGACGGGGAGUCACAAGCUACAGAUCUAUGCCAAACCAUCCAAGGGCUCAGAUGAAGUCUACAACUGUGUGCUAGAAUACACCGUAGAGUGCACUGCUGUGGACAGGAACAUAUGCUUUCCAAAGGAGCUCCAUCAGCCUGUUGGACCCAGCUGGUUUACAGAGAGACAGGGGUUCCUCAAACCUUCACAAAAAGCCCCUAUUAUUCAUACCAAUGAUGGCCGUUUUGAUGUCAGCUUCAUCCUCAGUAAAGACUUGAGUGUUCUAGCCUCACUGCAUUCAGAUGACCUAAACCUCAGCGAGGACAUGAGUAGACGGUAUAUUUUGCAAGUUUGUCAAGGGAACCAGAUAGACUUUAAGAUCCAUCUUCCCUACACAGGAAACUUUGCUUUCAAAAUUUUUGCUAAGAAGAAGUCUGAUCCUGGCAACUAUAACUAUGUCUUCAACUACCUCGUCUGUUGCCCAAAUGCAGAGGUCAAGUGGCCAAUGUUCCCCCAGAAUUAUAGCAAGUGGGCAGAAGGCUAUGAGCUUCUGGAGCCCUUAGCUGCACUGCUACCAGCUAAUUGCAACAUCAAGUUUAAACUCAAGCUUCACAGCAUUGCCAAGGCAUUUGUUCAAUGUGAAAAAACCUUCCCUUUAAUUCUAAGUAAGAAUGGUUACUGGGAAGGAUCCUGUAGCACUUCUGGUUGCACAGAGGUGUAUGUGAUGGUGUUGGAGAAUGCAAACCACAAGUUCUACUCACGCAUCUUGAAAUACGACGUUGAGACACAGUGAAAAGGCCACUCCAGCACUUCUCAUUUGUCCAGAUGAGUAGGGACAUUGGGUAUAUCUACAAUCCAUACAGCACCAGUCUAUUUCACCCUAAGGUUUCUGGUCGCUUCUGGAGUGAGAGAAUCAGCCGUCUACGAAGACAUUGCCCAGGGGACACCCAGCUGUGUUGUAAUCCUGCGGGGAGGAUUCUCUCAUGUCAAAGGACAUUUAAUAGAAUGCCAAGUUUUUAAACUUUGUGUUUUCUCAAAUACAUUGGUUCACUCCUGAUAUGUUAAAUAUAUAAAUACCCUAAGGCUGGGCAACAAUAUUUACCUCUUUUAAGUAGCAGAAAAACUUCUUCGUGGUUUUUCAUUGGUACUUAUAAUAUAAUGAGUGAAGUUUGUAGGAAAUGUAACUUCCAUACCUGUGUAAAGAAAGACAAGGUGUUCUGUAUUUAAUUGCAAACUAGUAAUAGUCUAGCACAUUAAAAAAAGGAGUUCAUACACAUCUUUUCACCCACCUAUUAUUCUGUGAUGCAGAUUUCCCAACAGGUGAUUUCUGAAUGGCUGUGUUGAGGGGAAAAAGACAUUAUUGUGAAUCGGAAGGAGGCAUUCUAUAACUCAUUCUGUGCCAGGGAGAGUGGAGGACCAUACAUUUUCAAGCAUCAGUGCAAGAGUAGCUGCAAAUGCCAAACAAGACAAAUGCUCUUGCAACUAAAAGAAAUCUUUCUUGUAUGCACUUCAUUGUCUUACAAAUAGGAAAACAAUACUGCGAAAUAAGUUUUUUACACCAGAUGUUAAAUUCAAUUAAAUGCUAGUUUUUAUCUCAUUGGAUUGUGGUGCUUUUUAAGUCACAUCAAGCUUAAGAAAUGGUUUUGGAAAAAGGUGCAGUUUAAUGUUAUCUACUCUAUAUAAAGGGCCCCUGGUGGCGCAGCAGGUUAAACCACUGAGCUGCUGAACAUGUUGACUGAAAGGUUAGUGAUUCGAAUCCAGGGAGCAGGGGGAGCUCCUGCUGUUAGGCCCAGCUUCUGCGAACCUAGCAGUUCGAAAACAUGCAAAUGAAAGUAGAUCAAUAGGUACUACUUCUGUGGGAAGGUAAUGGCGCUCCAUGCAGUCAUGCCGGCCACAUGACCUUGAAGGUAUCUACAGACAAUGCCGGCUUUUCAGCUUAAAAAUGGAGAUAAGAACCACCCCCCAGAGUCGUACACAACUAGACUUAAUGUCAGGGGAAACAUUUACCUUUACUCUAUGUAAAAGUUACUUGCUCUGGGAAAUGACACUUCAUAAAGGGUAACUUGCUUGUAGAGUGAAAUGGGAUACACAAAGAGAAUUCUGAUGAGUGUGUUGCGUGAAACAUAUAUACAAAGCUGUAUUUGAAAUAGGUGGCUUAAUUCCCCAGAGAUUCUCAGAGUUCAAUAUGACUGGCAUUAAAAAAAUCUGUGGUUUUACUGAGUCAGAAAAUAAAUUUCUUUAAACAGA